GGCACGUCCGGAAGGGAGAGGGGAGAGCAGUCCCGUGCCUGCGGUCACGUGACGGGGAAGAUGGCCGCGUUCCCGUGGCACUCCAGGAACCGGAACUACAAGGCAGAGUUGGCAUCCUGCCGCCUGGAGUCCGUGCAGCUGGAGUGUGGUGACUACCACCCGCUGAAGCCCAUCAUGGUCACAGAAUCUAAAACAAAGAAGGUGAGCCGGAAAGGAAGCACGUCAUCCACAUCCUCCUCUUCCUCCAGCUCUGUGGUAGACCCGCUGAGCAGCGUCCUCGAUGGCACGGACCCUCUCUCCAUGUUUGCAGCCACUGCUGACCCCGCAGCUGUAGCAGCAGCCACGGACAGCGCCAGGAAGAAGCGGGACCAGGAUGACAGCUCCAUGGUGGGAUCGGAUUUUGAGCCCUGGGCCAGCAAGCGGGGGGAAAUCCUGGCCCGUUACACCACCACUGAGAGGCUCUCUAUUAAUCUAUUUAUGGGAUCUGACAAAGGAAGAGCGGGAGCGGCUGGGUCCGCCAUGUCAGAGAAAGUCCGCACGCGGCUGGAGGAGCUGGAUGACUUUGAGGAGGGGUCCCAGAAGGAGCUGCUGAACCUGACUCAGCAGGACUACGUGAACCGCAUAGAGGAGCUCAACCAGUCAUUGAAGGAUGCCUGGGCCUCGGACCAGAAAGUGAAGGCUCUGAAAAUAGUCAUCCAGUGCUCCAAGCUCCUCUCAGACACGAGCGUGAUUCAGUUCUACCCCAGCAAGUUUGUCCUCAUCACUGACAUCCUUGACACCUUUGGAAAGCUGGUUUAUGAGCGCAUCUUCUCCAUGUGCAUGGACAGCCGCGGCACCCUGCCAGAUCACUUUUCCCCAGAGAAUGUAAAUGACACAGCCAAGGAAACUUGCCUGAAUUGGUUUUUCAAGAUUGCUUCCAUCAGGGAACUCAUUCCACGAUUUUAUGUGGAAACAUCCAUACUGAAGUGUAACAGAUUCCUUUCUAAAACUGGGAUUUCCGAAUGCCUGCCACGGCUCUCUUGCGUGAUCAGAGGGAUCGGGGACCCAUUGGUGUCUGUGUAUGCCCGGGCCUACCUGUGCCGGGUGGGCAUGGAAGUGGCCCCGCACCUCAAGGAGAGCCUCAAUAAGAACUUCUUUGACUUCUUGCUUACGUUUAAACAGAUCCAUGGAGACUCAGUCCAGAACCAGCUGGUGCUCCAGGGAGUGGAGCUCCCAUCCUACCUCCCCCUGUACUCGCCCGCCAUGGACUGGAUCUUCCAGUGUGUCUCCUACCAUGCCCCUGAGGCUCUGCUGACUGAGAUGAUGGAGAGAUGUAAGAAGUUAGGAAACAAUGCCUUGCUGUUGAACUCUGUGAUGUCAGCCUUCCGCGCCGAGUUCAUCGCAGCCAGGUCUGUGGAUUUCAUUGGCAUGAUUAAAGAGUGCGACGAGUCUGGUUUCCCCAAGCAUCUCCUUUUUCGAUCGUUGGGGUUAAACUUGGCCUUGGCUGAUCCACCUGAGAGUGAUCGACUCCAAAUUCUCAAUGAAGCCUGGAAGGUCAUUACUAAGUUGAAGAAUCCACAGGACUACAUUAACUGUGCUGAAGUGUGGGUGGAGUACACCUGCAAGCAUUUCACAAAACGUGAGGUGAACACGGUGUUGGCUGAUGUCAUCAAGCACAUGACCCCAGACCGAGCAUUUGAGGACUCCUACCCUCAGCUUCAGUCAAUAAUCAAGAAAGUUAUUGCCCAUUUCCAUGACUUCUCGGUUCUGUUCUCUGUGGAAAAAUUUCUGCCAUUUCUGGACAUGUUCCAGAAAGAGAGUGUGCGGGUAGAGGUCUGCAAGUCCAUCAUGGAAGCCUUUAUCAAGCAUCAGCAGGAACCCACCAAGGACCCCGUCAUCCUGAAUGCCUUGUUGCACAUUUGCAAGACUAUGCAUGACUCUGUGAACGCACUCACUCUUGAAGACGAGAAGAGAACGCUGGCCCAUCUGAUUAAUGGAUUUAUAAAAAUGGUUUCCUUUGGCCGUGAUUUUGAGCAGCAGAUAAGUUUCUACGUUGAGUCCAGGUCAAUGUUUUGUAAUCUGGAGCCUGUUCUUGUACACUUGAUCCACAGUGUGAACCGCUUGGCAAUGGAAACGAGGAAAGUAAUGAGGGGAAAUCAUUCCAGAAAGACGGCUGCCUUUGUCCGGGCCUGUGUUGCCUACUGCUUCAUCACCAUCCCCUCCCUGGGUGGCAUCUUCACACGCCUCAAUCUCUACCUGCAUUCUGGUCAGGUUGCCUUGGCCAACCAGUGCCUCUCCCAAGCUGAUGCUUUCUUCAAAGCUGCUAUCAGCCUCGUGCCAGAAGUUCCCAAGAUGAUAAAUAUCGACGGGAAGAUGCGGCCUUCUGAAGCCUUCCUUCUGGAAUUCCUCUGCAAUUUCUUCUCCACUUUGCUAAUUGUGCCGGAUCAUCCGGAACACGGGGUCCUGUUUCUUGUUCGGGAGCUUCUCAAUGUGAUCCAGGACUACACAUGGGAGGACACAAGUGAUGACAGGAUCCGCAUCUACACCAGUGUUCUCCAUCUGCUGUCCGCCAUGAGCCAGGAGACCUACCUGUACCACAUCGACAGAGUGGACUCCAACGACAGCCUCUACGGGGGAGACUCCAAGUUCCUGGCUGAGAACAACAAGCUGUGUGAGGUGGUGAUGGCCCAGAUCCUGGAGCACCUGAAGACCCUGGCCAAAGACGAGGCCCUGAAGCGCCAGAGCCUGCUGGGCCUCUCCUUCUUCAACAGCAUCCUGGCCCACGGGGACCUGCGCAACAACAAGCUGAACCAGCUGUCUGUCAACUUGUGGCACCUGGCACAGAGGCAUGGCUGUGCUGACAGCAGGACGAUGGUGAAAACUCUGGAAUACAUCAAGAAGCGAAGCAAACAGCCGGACAUGACUCAUCUGACGGAGCUGGCCCUGCGACUCCCCCUGCAGACAAGGACCUGAGCCCCAUGGGGACUUAGGGUUUUUUGUUUUUUAACAUAUAUAUAUGGUUGAAUGGUUUAAGAUCUGACCUCUGCCCAGACUUUUUGACAGCAAAGAGAGAAUCCGCAAAGUAUUAAAUCCAAUUCUCCGAGGAGCAAUGUCCUAGCGUUUCUUUGCCAAGGGGCCUUGCUUCAGCUCCUCAGUGAGGCCCGGGAACAGCUGGGCCUUCUGCAGGGGAGAACCAGGAAUGCACGCAACUUCCUUUACUGGUGUGCCUCACAUUGUGCCUGUUUAGUAAGACAGCAACCUUAGAGGACUUCAUGGCAGAUCUCGCAUGCAUUUAGCCCCAUCAAGAGUAUUCCAGUUGGUCUUAGAACACGACUAUGGCACCAGGAGAAAAUGAGGUACAGUCUGAGUCGCUGUGGCUUCAGUGAAGUGUGCCAUGAAGUGCGUAGGUGCACUCAGGUCUGUAGUCCAGUCACUGACCUCCACCAAAGGCCUGUGGUGCAUUGCAUGGCCUGGGGAUACCUGCUCUGCCUCUGGAGCUCCGCUGCUUCCGUGCUGCUGGCCAGUUUGGUGGAACUCCAUUCUUGACAUGGUUUCCAGUACAGCAUUUAAUGACUGGUGCCUGACAUUGUCGGUGAGAAACCAUGCAGGCUGUGGACUAAGUGUCAGGACCUAGCCGAUUGCACAGGCCCUGCCAUGCCCAUGGCUAGGCCUGCCAUCCAGCGGCUCGGGAAGCUGCUCAAGCCACAGCAUAGGACUACCCCGUCUCAAUAAGUAAACAGAUGAAUAAACCCCCAAUUUAUGCUUUUGGGAAAUGUGCCCUGAGAGUGGGAUACAUUUCAUCUUUACUCUUCCAGGGAGGUAGGAGGUGAUUGCUAAUGCAUGGCUCACCUCAGUAAAUAAAAUUUAAAAAUAAUUUCUAGGGCUGGGAAGGUGGCUCAGUGGUAGAGCACUUGCCUUGCAUGCUUGA